CCCGGCCGGCUCUUCGAUCCUAUAGGAUUCGCACGUACGUCUACGAGAGUUGCAUGCAUAGCUUAUAUUCGGCUUCGACUAUUAUUGUGCACGACGUAUAUACGCGGCUGGAUGGAGCUAGCUCAGUGACUGUGAAUGUUCGUUGUGUCAGUGUCUGACAACUUUUAGAGUGACACACAUGCAUUUUAUAUGGAACGACAGCCCCCUGGACUUUAGUGGAUACUUUCAUAUGAUAGUGUGUACUUGUGACCCAAUUUAGGAUUAUUAAUACCCUUUGGAAACAUCAUCAAGAUGGUUGAUAACGACCCCGAUUUCGAGCCACAAGCUCGACCACGUUCCUGUACAUGGCCGUUGCGUCGGCCGGACUUUUUGGACUCGAAGCCCCAGCAACCGGGUAAUGCCGCCGCCGCCGCCCCGGCGCCUCCGGUAGACCAUCCCCACGCGGCACUCAGUCCCGCCGUUCUUACAGAAGAAACACCGGAUACUAAGCCUGUUUUACCUUUAGAAGGAGGAGAAAAUCGUGAAUUAUCAACUCCAUCAUCACAGAGACGGAAUGGUUCAAGAAGAAAUGCUUGGGGAAACCUGUCAUACGCAGAUUUAAUAACCAAGGCGAUUCAAAGUGCUCCCGAUCAACGCUUGACCCUCUCCCAAAUUUACGACUGGAUGGUAAAAAAUGUCCCAUUUUUCAAGGAUAAAGGAGACAGCAAUAGUUCAGCGGGUUGGAAGAACUCUAUUCGACACAACUUGUCCCUUCACAGCCGAUUUGUCCGGGUGCAGAAUGAAGGUACAGGAAAGAGCUCCUGGUGGAUGAUCAACCCUGAUGCCAAACCAGGCAAGUCAUCAAGGAGAAGAGCGUCCAGCAUGGACACCACAAACUCCAAGUUUGAGAGGAAGCGAGGGAGAGUCAAGAAGAAGGUCCUGGAGGAGCGCGCAAAGUGGGGAAACACAAGUCCCACACCAAAGUUAGAAGGAGAGGAAGGUGCCAGCCCGUUACCGUUCAACUUGGGAACGACAGAUUUCAGGUCGCGAGCCAGCUCAAACGCGAGCAGUUGUGGCCGUCUAUCCCCAAUUAUGACCACGCACCCAGAAAUUGACAUGCAUGACAAUGAAGUCCCACCUAUGUCACCGAUUCCCUUCCAAGAUCAGUCAUAUGAUAGUCCAGACCCCUACCAGUCAACAGAUCAGCUAGCAAAACUAGCCAAAGCAAUGACCCUAGAUUCAAGUCUUAGUGUAGAACCCGCGAUCCGCCACUCACACAACAGCAGCGGAUAUUUGUUCUCUCCGCAAAGCUACAGUGGUUCCGAUAUGUCUCCUGUACAUAGUAACAGCCCGUAUUACUCGCAACAGGGCACCCCAGCUGUAAGUCCUCUAGGUCAGUGUUCCCCAAUGCAGGAGCUACCACCCAGUCAAUAUGGCAUGCGACAGAGCUUCACAAAUUUGAUGCAUGAAAAUAACGAUGCCAUCAUCCCUCAGGACCCCAUGUUCUCGCAGUCCGCCAUCUUGCGCCAGCAGCAGUCGCCGCGGCCCAUGCCGAGCUGUCGCGAGGAGAGCAUGAUCCAGCACACGUCGCCUCACAGGCUGAUGCCUUCCGGGAACCAAGGCAGCAACUUGGCCAUGCUGCUGAACAACGGCCACAACACUCACACCAACAGCCACCACCAUCCGCUACCGUACCCCAACGGCGGAACCCCUCAACAUGUUCCUCACAUGCCUGGCCACAUUCACCACCACCAUCCCGGGAUGGGACAUGUGGAUAGAUUCCCCAGUGACCUGGAGAGCGUGCAAGUGGACCCUCUCAAGGGUUGGGAUCUUGAUGUGGAAACCAUCCUGCGGAAUGAGCAGGACUUGACAGAAGGACCUGAAGCCAGCUUUGAUAACAUAGGAACGAUGGGAACUACAGCAACGACCAUGGCUGCUCCAAGCUGGGUUCAUUAAACGGUAAGACCAACUUUCUCUUGCUCAUCUUUCAUUGUAUAUCUUUUACUUAAUCACAUACCCUUCAAGUCUGUCUUGAAGAAUAUCUUCCACCUCUUGUUGAAUGUUUUCCACUUAUAAAUCAUUAAAAUUUGAUCUAAUCUUUGAUCAAAUUACUGGACUAAAGAAAUACAUUAUCCUUUCAAUCCUGACUGAAUGUUUCAGUUACCACUACCUGUGGUAGGAGUAGAAGUACUUGUACUCUACAAGAGCUAAUCAUUCUUAAAAUGUCAUCAUAACCACUGUUGCUUUUCCUCGAGCAACACCUUGUCAUCAAGUUCUCUUGAUUUUAAGUACUGUCUAAUCGUCAAAGCGAUGCAGAACCUUUCAAGGUGAAAUAUUCCCCUCAGGAGCUAACACUUCUAGUCAGUGAGGGAUCCUUGUUGAUUUCCAAUAUCCAAUAAAGGAGCGAGUUUCUAACACCUUUGGACAUGAGGGAUUUUCCCCAAAUGCUCUUUUGUAAGAAAUAUGCAAGCAUAGUGCUAGGUCUGCAAAGGAUUCAAUAGAAAAGAGAAGUCUUCGCUUGGAAGUACCUCAAUGGAUGUGAUCAUUGAUGUGAAUAUAAAGCAUGUUGGUAUUUCUUUCUUCCAACCAAGUUGUAUUAAGUAAACAAGGACACAUUUUGAAUCGUAAGAAUGAAAACUCUUUUCAUAACUUUGCUUCUCCUACGUGAGAUAGUCUUCAAAUGCCUAUUAUGUGAUAGUGUGCACAUCAUCUAGACCACCCCUUGAUUUGCCUCUAAAAUGAGUGUAUGGUAAACAUGUAUGUUUGGAUAGUUUAUCUAAUUCACAAUAUGGAUAUUGUGAAUUUCAAAUACAAAUUUGAAUUCAAUUUUUCAAAUUUCAAUUAAAGUCAGGUCUGAAUAUCUACUCCUUGUCAUUCAUACUUCUUUACCAAAUGGUGAAUUUUAAAUACAAAUUCAAAUUUGGAUCUAACCUCAUACCAAAUCCAAUGAAAAAACAAACUUCAAAUAAAAAUCCACAUUUCUACAUGUAAUUCAAAAUCAUCAAUAUGAAAAAAAAAUGAUAAAGCGACCUGGCAAAGGCAAAAUUGAGUUCGUCUUUCCCAUGUACUCGAGGAAAUUACUCAGAUUUAAUGCAUUAGAAAAUGUAAUGAAGAGAUCUAUAGGCCUAAAGCUGAAGAUAUUGGGUGAGUCGAGGCAAUUUACUGAAUACUUGUACAGGAGGGUAAAAGUUCAUUCUUUUCUAGAUCUAAAUGGACAAUAUAUACAAUCUAUCAGUAGGUGGGUGUGUUCUGUGGGUGAAUUAGCAUUGGAAAGUUCUUUUUUUUAGAGCUGUGAAUUAAACUUGAAAAGCCAAAUUAGAAUUUAUAAUGCAUCUAAUGGGGCAUGCUGUAUUCUGUGGGCGAUCACUGGCAUUGGAUUUUUUUAAACCUUGAAUUGAAGUUGAAUCUGUAGGCCUAUAUUUAAAGAUGAAAACAACAACAGGAUAAUGUUUCAUUAGAAAGGAUCUGCUAGAUUCUGGCACUCAAAGAUAUAAUACAAU